CUUAGUAGUCGCCAUUUUCGAUUGUCAUUCGAUUAUUGUGUGUGUAUCAGUGAGUCUUGUCAAAGAAUUUUCACACGUUUCGAGACUGGAAGAAAUAAAAAAAUAGAAAUAGAGAAUUUCAUUCCAAUCUUAAAAAGCAACCAAGUACUAGUUAAGCAAGUGACCAGUGAUUUAGCACAAAGCAUAAUGCCAGAGGCAGGAAAGAAAAUCGCAGAGUUGCGCGUGUGCGACCUAAAGAGUGAGCUGGAGAAACGCAACUUGGAGACGGUCGGCCCCAAGGCGGUGCUCAUCGAACGCCUGGAAAAAUCACUAAGAGCGGACGGGCUUGACCCGGCUACCCACUUGAUUGUGCCGGGCGCGAAGGCCAAGAAGCCGUUUGCCAUGCCCAUGAAGGAUCUCCAGUCGGAGGUGGUGAUCAAGGAAGAGCCAAUCGAUGCCGAUCAGGAGGAGGUGGAACAGCAAGAUGAUUACGAGAACGGCAACGCCUUCUCGCAUCAUGCCGACGACGAUGGGCAUGAGAUUGACCAGGUGGGCGAUGUGGACGAUGAGUGUGUGAUCCUGGAUGACGACGAUGAAGAGGAUGAGGAUCAGGUGUACGACGAUGAGCCCCAGAACGGAGAUGGCGAUGCCGAGGGGAAAGCUCAGGAAGAUGGAGCCGAAAACAAUGGCGACAACCAGGCUAUUAUCCAUGGUGAGGAGGAAAACACCGGGGACACCGGAAAUAUGGACAAUGACGAGUCAAUCAAUUUGACAAUUGGGGAGGACGAGCAGAAGCUGCUGCACGAUGAGGCUUCCGACGACAAAUCUGUUAAGUCUGCAGUCAAACCGGCCAAUAAAUCCGAAAAGUCUAACUCGAAGGAUGCCGACAAGAAGAAUGACGAUGGAUCUCGCUGCAAGAAAAGGGAUGAGAAAUCCUGUGAUAAGAAGGACUCUAGCGAUCAAAAGUCCUCGGGAAAGUCGUCGAAUCAAAAGGACGAUAAAGAGAAAUCGACAGCAGCACCUGGUGCCACAUCCUCCACUGCAUCGAGUGCCGCUGGCAGUAAAUCGGGAUCCGGUUCAAGUGCUGGCAAUGGUACCGGGGCCAACUCAAACAACAAGCAGGCGACGCUGUCGCGUAAUCUCUGGGUUUCUGGGCUGUCCACUUUAACCCGUGCCAGCGACCUUAAGGCAAUCUUCUCCAAGUUUGGCAAGGUGAUUGGGGCCAAAGUGGUCACCAAUACGCGUACUCCGGGCACUCGCUGCUACGGGUACGUGACCAUGUCCUCCUCGGCUGACGCCUCGCGUUGCAUCGAAAAUCUGCACCGCACCGAGUUGCAUGGACGCAUCAUUUCGGUGGAGCGUACCAAGAACGAGAUUGGCGGCAGCUUGAAUUCCAAAGAGGGCAAAGGCAAGACUCCGGGCGACGCCGGAAACAAGAAGAAGGAUGACGACAGUGGCAAAAAGUCUGGUAGCGGCAAGGGUUCCAGCUCCAACGGUGGCGAUGACAAGAAGGGCGGCGAUGGAAACGGCGACAGCAAGUCCGUUGGUGGCGAUUUGAAGCGUGAUGGCAAGGAGAGCAACAGGGACCGCAGCCGUCGCAACGAUGACCGGGGCAAGUCGUUGGCAAGCCAGGAUAGAUCGCGCCACGAUCGCGAGCGAUCCGCCAAGGGUAGUCAGGAUCAUCGUUCGGGGCGCAAUCCACGCGACGUCGACCGUGAGAUUCAGCAGCGCCAGAGGGAGCGCGAGCGUCGUCAAAGGGAGAUGCUAUCCUACCAGAAGAUACGUGAAGAGCGCGAGCGCCAGCGCCUUCGGGAAAGGGAGCGUGAGCUGCGUGAGGAGGAGCGUCGCCGUCGGGAGGCCCGUGAGCGCCAGCGAAUCGAAGAGGAGCGUCUGCAGGAAGAGCGGCGCAAGCUCGCCGUGGAGCGGGAACGGCUCGAGCGGGAGAAGGCCGAGCUUUUGCGGAUGGAGCGCGAGCGCCAGAAGCUGGAGAGAGAAAAAAUCGAGCUGGAACGCCUCGAGCUGAAGCGACAACAGAUGAAGAUCAUGGAAUCCCGCGAUGAUCCUGGCAAGCGCGGGGUAAGCAAGCGCUCCGACGACCGCUAUGGAGAGGUUACUGAUCGUAAGCGCACAGCUAUUUUUGAUGCGCCACCACCACCGAGGUUCGACACGAAUCUAGUCAGCUCCCGCAGCACCUAUGACAAAAAACACGAUGACUACGGAUCCUCGUCGACGACCAAGCGCGUGCUGGAUGACUAUUCUAGUUCCAGCAAGCGGUUGGAUUACUCCAGCAAGCGUAACGACUACAGCUCUUCUGGAUCCAAGCGUGGCGCUGUCGAUGAUUACACUGCCGUGCCCACGAAGCGCUCCAACGAUUAUAGUGCCUCCUCUUCUAGCAAGCGCGACGACUAUAAGCGCGAUGAAGUGCGUCAUUUGCCACUUUCAGGAACUGUCGGCGGCGGCUCAAGCAGCUCGUAUCUACACAAGAACAACACAGGCGGUGGCGGAACCGGAUCCUACGUCCACAAGAACAACACCAGCAGCACUGGCGGGCGCUACAACGAUUCUGAUCGCAGCAACACAUCGAGCUAUAGACGCGACGACUCUCACAGCCUCGGUAACAAGCGUUAUGACAACUCCAGCGGCGGCGGGGGAGCCUACGGCAGCAGCUCUAACAGCGUUAACAUCUGGGCCCCAUCAUCCGGUGGAAGCAGCUCUCACCUGGGCAGCGGUGGCGGCGGCGGCGGCAACCAAAUUAAGUCAUACGGCAACAACGGCCUGUCCUCGAAUAUGCACAGCACCAAUUCGUGGCAAAAGUCUGCUCCGGUUGACGACAACGGUUGGCGGCAAGUGCCCGCGCGCUUCGAUCGCGGCUACAACGAACGUUCAACCGGCUAUCAAGGACAGAGUGGGGGCGGAGGAGCAGGCGGAAUGUACGGUGCGAGCCGACCCGCCCAGGAUCGCUACAGCGGACCAGUGUCGCGCUACUAGGGAACGUGCAUUUACAUAAAAUGAGGCAAUUCGAAUUUCGAAACAUGCAUCCCCACAUCCAACACACCCCCCCGAAUGACUUUUCCAGCAGCGCCCAGGAGCGCUGCUCUUAAUAUAGUGCACUUUAGUUGUAGUUCUAAAACAUAAAUUACAUUUUUAAACAAAUAAAUGUAUUAACUAAGUUGGAAA